AUGAGCAAGAGUCUACCAACACAUGGUUUUAGAUGGGUUGAUGAGAAAGAUUUUGACGAGUGGAAGAAUUUUCCUUGCAUUCUCGAAGUCGAUUUGGAAGGUGUCAAGAAAGAGCAACAUGAUCACUUCAACGACUAUCCUCUCGCUCCGGAGAACUUGACGGUUGGGAAAGUAAAAAAACUGGUCUGCACCUUGAAUGGUAAAAAGAAGUAUAUCAUCCAUCAUGAGACUUUGAAGCUUUACAUGAGUAUUGGAAUGAAGAUUGGAAAGAUUCAUCGCAUCAUCAGGUUUGAAGAGCGGGAGUGGAUGAAAAAAUACAUUGAUCUCAAUACAGAGUUGAGAACCAAAGCUGACAACGAUUUCGAGAAAGACUUUUUUAAACUUAUGAACAACUCUGUCUAUGGUAAGACAAUGGAGAACAUUCGGAAACGAGUUGAUGUCAGACUUGUGAACUCAGAAGAGAUGGGAAAAAAGUUGGCAAAGAAACCCAACUUCAAUCAUUGUACCAUAUUCUCCGAAAAUCUCUGUGCAAUAGAGAUGAGAAAGACAGAGGUUUAUUUCAACAAACCUGUCUAUCUCGGAAUGUGUAUCCUCGAUCUCAGCAAGGUUUUGAUGUAUGGCUUUCAUUACAAAUACAUAAAAUCCAAGUAUGGAGAUAGAGCAAAGCUUCUUUUCACUGAUACAGACAGUCUUUGCUAUGAGAUUCAGACUGAAGAUUUUUACAAAGAUAUAAUUGAUGAUGUAGAUUGUCUGUUUGACACAAGCAACAUUCCGAAAGAUCAUUCUUCUGGGUUACCACAAGUGAACAAGAAAGUUAUUGGAAAGUUCAAAGAUGAGGCGGGUGGAAAAAUCAUUGAAGAGUUUGUCGGUUUGAGAGCAAAGCUUUAUAGCUACAAGAUGUUUGAUGGAGGAGGUGAGAUGAAAAAGUGUAAGGGAGUCAAAAAAGGAGUAGUGGAGAGUACCAUCAGCUUCGAUGAUUAUAAGAGAUGUCUGUUUGGUGGUGGAAAUCAGUAUCGGAAAAUGAACACCCUUCGAAGUCGAAAGCAUGAGAUUUUCAUGGAAGAGAUCAACAAAGUCGCUCUGUCUGCCAAUGAUGAUAAGCGAGUCAUUCUACCAGACAGAGUAAACACACACGCAAUUGGAUACUAA